AUGCCGGAAUCAAAGCUGGAGCAGGCGGUGCAGCCGCGCCCGCCGCAGUCAUCCUUUCGACUAGCCGAGAGGGUGUGUCAGCUCGUCCUGGUCUUCUCCAUCAGCUUCGCGGCCAUGUUCAUGAUGAUGACCAAGAUUUCGCCGGGCAAGUGGCCUUUGACGGAGCCGUCAAUAAGCAAGCCAAGACUCAAGGUGUCGGGCCAGCGCGACUACCUCAUUGCCAUCUUCUCCGAUCUGCACUACGGAGAGCAGGAAUUUGGCUGGGGCAUUGACCAGGACAAGAAUUCCACCAGAGUCAUGCAAUCUGUCAUGAAGAGCGAACAGCCCGACCUCGUCGUAUUCAACGGCGAUCUCAUUACUGGCGAGGAUACCCACAAGGAGAACUCGACGCUCUACAUUGACCAGAUUGUCGCGCCCCUCCUCAAGACGAACCAGCGGUGGGCAUCCGUCUACGGGAACCACGACUCCAAGCACACGCUGGACCGCGAGCAGCUGUUCCGUGCCGAAAAAGGCUACGACCUCUGUUACACAACGUCCAUGGGCGAUAAUCUCCCGGGCAUCACAAACUACUACGUCCCUGUCUACGAGGGAGACUCCAAGGACCCCAUUCUGCUAUUGUGGUUCUUUGACAGCCGGGGCGGCACUAGCUACCAGACGGAUUCCGAUAACAUGGACGACAUUCCAAACUGGGUUGCCCCCGAGACGGCCGAAUGGUUUACCAAAACCUACGACGACCUCAAGGACAAGCACGGCCGUGUCAUUCCCAGCGUCGCCUUUGUCCACAUCCCCCCUCACAUCUUUUUGACGGCCCAGCAGACCAACCUCGACCCCGCCAAGUUCCCUGGGCUGAAUGCCGACAGCCCGCUAGCCAUCCAAGGCGAGGGUGGAGAGGACGCCCCCUUCGUCGAGGCGCUACUCGAGGCCGAGGGUCUCCACAGCAUCUAUGUUGGGCACGACCACGGCGACUCGUGGUGCUCGACCUGGCCCGGCCACGACGCCGGACUCGGCGCCGAGGCCCCAUUCCUCUGUUUUGCAAAGCACACGGGCUACGGCGGAUAUGGCACCUGGGAACGCGGCGCUCGGAUGAUUAAGCUCUCCUUCACGCAGGGCGACGACCCAGACAUGUCGGUGGAGAGCUGGGUCCGCAUGGAAAACGAAGAAAUUAUAACGCGCGUAACACUCAACGAGACCUACGGCCAGGACACUUAUAAUGGGGAGUAA